AUGCCCCAAAAUUUUCGAUUAAAAUUUGCAUCAGAAUUUUUUUUUAUGAUUCAAAUAACGAAAUCAUGCAAAGAAUUAAAGCGUGUUGGCGUUCUUUCAGAAUACGGACGAUUUAAUAUCAAUAUUAAUGGUCGAAUAAUCAAGACAAAGAAGUCUUCUGCAGUUUGUUUUUCAGAUUUAAUCCAAGAAAAAUGUUUUAUUAAUAAAUCGAUAUCAUCAUAUGAAGCAAAUCUAUAUCUUAAAUGUGAAGAUUCAAUUGACAUACUUUCAGAGUUUCUAGAAACAGGAAAACUUGAGUUUGAAGAAGAUGAAUCACAUUAUCACGAUUUAUUUGAAAUUGGAAAACAUUUUGGAAAUCAAUUAUUCAUAAAAAUAUAUACAAAGCAUGUUAAAUUAGACAAAUCUAUUACAAAAGAAAACGUUUUUCAAAAGUAUGAAAUUUCAGUUUUUGAAAAUGAUAUUAUAACAGAAAACGAAUGCAUUCGAUUCAUUUCAUCACAUUUGUAUUGUUUAUAUGAUAAAGAUAUCAUUGAACAUUUCGCAAAAAAUGGUUAUGAAUUUUGUGAAAAAAUCAUUACCUCAGACGAAUUAAAGAUCGACAACGAAGAUCAUUUAUCUCUUUUACUUUUAUCAAUCUGCAAACAGAAUGAUACAUUGUUUGACUUAUUUAGAUACAUCAAACUUACAUUUUGUUCACGAGAAACUUAUGACAUAAUUUAUAAUUUUUGUAUUGAGCAUUCAUUCGAAAGAGUUCUUCUUUCUAUAUAUAACGAAACAUUAAAGAAUUAUCAUUCAAAUCUUCGAGAAAAUAUUGAAAUCUCAAAUGAACCUAUUUGUGCUUAUGAAUCUCAUUAUGAAGAAAUUUCUAAGGAAAUUAAAAUAGAAUUUACAGCUUCAUCUGUCGCAUUUGGAAGAAGUUUAUCAGUUAUAAAUUCUUAUCGAAAUUAUGCUAAUUUCUCUACUAAUAGUUCUCCAAAUUCAUGGAUAAAAGCUGAUCUAAAAGGAUAUAAAUUAAAGCCAACAUCUUAUGUUUUGCAAUCAACAGUUAUAGGUUCUAUGAAUUUAUUGAGGCGAUGGAAGCUAGAAGGAAUCAAAGAAGAUGGAACAACUGUUGUAUUAGAUAAUGAUAAAUAUUAUGAAUUUAAACAAAGCGAAAUCAAAGAAUUUCCACUUGAAACAAACGAAUAUUUUGUAUCUUUAAAAUUAACUCAAACAGGAAAGACUUCAGACAAUUAUGAUAUUUUAAUGAUUAAUAUUUUCGAUUUCAAAGGUGAAUUAAUAAAAAGAUAA